AGCCGCUUUCCUGCUGCUGUGAUUGUGUUCAGUGUUGACUGUGGUUAGGCUGCAUUCAGUCGAUGGAGCUUCGGUCGUCGGUUCUCCGACAGCUGAAAGUUUUGAUGGGACCCGAAUUCAACAGCAACUGAAAGCGUCUGUUAGCUUCACGGCACCAACAUGCAGAUGACUUUUUAUGCAUCGAGCAGCGUCACGCUGCUUUUUGACUUCUGGGACGUCCAUGGCCCUGCAGGUAUGGUGCUAUCGGUUUUUCUCGUCCUGCUGCUGACGGUCUUCUUUGAAAUCCUCAAAGUGUGGCGGGUGUGGCUGAGCAGCAGCUCCAACCUGGCUCAGCCUCCACAGGCGUUGGCCAAUGACGCCCCUCCUUCUGGACGCACAGAGAGCUGCUCGGCGCUGGACCCCAGUCCGUCUGAGUCCUCACUGACCCCCACAGAGUCCCAGCCUCAGAGCCCCCGGAGCAGCUGGCUGCUGCAUGUCAUCCAGACAUGCCUCCAAAUUGUGCAGGUGACUCUAGGCUACAUGCUGAUGCUCUGCGUCAUGUCCUACAACGUCUGGAUCUUUCUUGGCGUCAUCCUGGGCUCAGCGCUCGGAUAUUUCAUCUCCUUCCCCCUGCUGGACAAUAUGUCCCUGUAUUGUCGGGUCAGAAAUUGAGAGAGCAGAAGGACGAGGACUUGCAUUGAACUGAACUGAAUGAGGAAAACAAACCUGCUGAAGUCAGGAAGCAGGCCAGUGGGGAUGUAAUCACAAUGUGGUUUAUGCGGCUGCAGGCCUAAUGGGAUCUGAAGUUAAAACAGCCUUCUAGUCAGGAGUUUUGUGUUUUGAAGAACAGCCUCGGCUGGAUUCAACUUCUGUCUUUGUUUAGUCAACAAAAGCUGUGAAACCCGCAGCCCACGCCAGUAACUUCUACUGUCUGAACUACAGAAACACUAAACUUUGAUCCGAAAUUAGCAUUUUUUCAACUGAUUAACAAAGCAGUUUUUCUGUCCUGUGAGAAAGUUUAAAGUUUUUGUUUGAAUUUUGAAGAAAGCUUAAACUUUUGUGUUCUCACUCGAUCAGUUUUUUUAUGGUCUGAAAACUCCUGAGGUGGAUGUGAUGAGUCAGUUUGGCAGUCGCACUGUCACAUGCUCCUUUUCCUUUUUUUUCUUCCUCUGACAGAAAACUGUGACAUUGCCUUGUCGCCAUUUGUUCUAAUUUCAAACAGAAAAUCAACCUUUUUAUCCCUCAUAAUCAGCCUUUGUGAUUAACUGUUCAUGGAUUUGUUUGAAUGAAAAAAUAAAGAUUAAAGCUUCUAGGA